GCUGCCAGAACUCGCAGCAGGAGCGCAUUAGAGUCCGCUCAGCCAGCGCUCAGAUCAGUUACCCUCGCAGCGCAUCGCAGAUCAGAAGCUCCGCUUGGGAAGAAACAACACGAGAGCAUGGAAGCUGCUUUCUUCUAUUUCACCGUGGCGCUCUGCAUCGGACUUAUAACUGCGGACAGGAGCGCCGUGAAUGAUUACCAGCGCUCAGAGGGCCGGGAGCUACAGCGGCUGUCUCGCACCGCUUACGGAGGAGAGGAGAUAACCUUGGUGAGCCUGGAGGAGUGUGCCAAGCGCUGCUCCCUGUCCCUCGAUUGCAGAUCCUUUAACUACCACAGUCACAGUGCAGCGAGCUGCAAGCUUCUCCCCUGGACCAGAGAUACUCCCCACUCUGUAGUGAAGAACAAUGUGAACUACGACCUCUUUGAAAAGAAAGAUUUUGUGCGCAAGUGCAUUAUGGGAAACGGAAAGAGUUACAGAGGAACCGUGUCGGUGACAGUGAGUGGGCGGAAGUGCCAGCAGUGGUGGUCUAAGUUCCCUCAUGAUCACAGACACACUCCGACCAUCUGGAAUGGGCUGGAGGAGAAUUACUGCCGGAACCCCGAUGGGGACGACACGGGCCCCUGGUGCUACACCACCGACCCAAACAAGCGUUACGAGACCUGCAAGAUCCCAGCCUGUGAGGAAGAGGUGUGUGUGUCUUGUAAUGGGGAGGAUUACCGUGGGCAGGUGGACCACACUGUGAUGGGACUGGAGUGCCAGCGCUGGGACCAGCAGCAUCCACACCCACACCCAUACCAACCAGAGAAGUACCCGGAGAAGAGUCUGGACGAUAACUACUGCCGCAACCCGGACGCCUCGCCAGUCCCAUGGUGCUACACCUCCGACCCCAAGGUGGAGCGGCAGGACUGCAAGAUCACCAAGUGCCAGUCAUUGAAGAAGCCAAGCCCCACCGUGUUACAGAAGAACUGUUUCAGGGGUCGGGGGGAGGACUACCGGGGCGAAGUGAACCAGACCACCUCGGGGAUCCCCUGCCAGCGCUGGGACUCGCAGAAACCCCACAGUCACCCCUUCUACCCCCAUGUGUAUGAGUGCAAAGGCUUGGAGGAGAAUUACUGCCGGAACCCAGACGGUUCUGAAGCUCCUUGGUGCUUCACGUCCAUACCGGAUAUGAGGACUGCUUUCUGUCUGCAGAUCAAUCGCUGCAUGGAGGACAUUGAGACACAAGACUGCUACCACGACUAUGGAGAGAGCUACAGGGGUACAGUGAACAAAACCCGAAAAGGGAUCCCCUGCCAGAAGUGGAGCGUUGACACCCCACACAAAGCAAAAUACAACCCCAGGACUCACCCCGACGCCAACCUGAGUGAGAAUUAUUGCCGCAACCCGGACAGGGACCACCACGGGCCUUGGUGCUACACGACAGACCCCAAAACAGAGUUUGACUACUGUGCCAUCAAACAGUGUGCUGGAGAGAGAGGCUCCCUCUCUAAACCUUUAGAGAAAGUGGAGUUCACCCAGUGCGGGAAAAGAGAGGACCGGAUGGUCAAGUCCAGGGCUCGGAUCGUGGGAGGGUUACCUGGGAACUCUCCCUGGACAGUCAGUCUGCGGGACAGGAAGGGAGCCCAUUUCUGUGGAGGGUCCCUGAUCACUGCGGAGUGGGUCAUUAGCACCAGACAGUGCUUCUCUUCAUGUGACGCCAGCCUCUCUGGUUACUCUGCCAUGAUGGGGACCCUGUUUCGAGAUCCCACUGCAGACAACCCAGACAAGCAGAUCAUCCCCCUCCGAAAGAUCGUCUGCGGGCCGUCCGACUCCUACCUGGUCAUGCUGCAGUUGGAGAGGCCUGCCGAGAUGAACGAGAGAGUGACUCAGAUCUGCCUCCCCCCUGAGAGGUACAUCGUCCCUGAGGAUACCAAGUGUGAGAUAGCCGGCUGGGGAGAAACUCAAGGAACUGGUGACAACAGCGUGCUGCAGAUCGCACAGAUGCCGGUCCUAAGCAACGAGAAGUGUAACAAGUUUCCCCGGGUGCACGUGAAGGACAACGAGAUGUGCACCAACCCCUUCUCUGGUGGGGUUGGAGCCUGUGAGAAAGACUAUGGCGGGCCUCUGGCUUGUGAGACUGAUAACUGUUGGGUUCUGGAGGGUGUGAUGAUCCCCAUGAGGCGCUGUGGACACCCCCAGCAGCCCAACAUCUUCAUCCGCGUCUCUGUCUACGUGGACUGGAUCAAGAAGGUUAUGACCUAACCUCCCCUCCAGGACCUGCCUGCCUAGAGAACAGUGCCUGCUCCUGCUUGUAUCUAAACCCCUCCCCCUUCAAGACAUGCUGGCUCUCCUCUCUGGGUGGGGGGCAUUGUGACAUCACCUCUGAGCAAUGCAAUCAAAUCUAGUCUGUGAAACGAAAUAACGACCCCGGUAUUACAACAGGAAUGGCUGCUUGCCAUUGACAUCCAAGACCUACUGCAGGCCGCCCCCAUCCUGUAGACAUUGCAGAAGCCCUGGGAUCUGCUUUGUAAUUUUUAGCAUAUGUUUUUGCGUUUAAUAAUUGGUUUAGAUUUGUAAUAAGAGACCCAGACAAGCAAGGCUUUUAAACUAAAAGUGAAAAAAAGAACAGGAAUAUUCUGGCUAAAACCCCUCCACCAUUACCUGCAAGAAAAACAACCAGGAGCAACCAUAUAUCAGCUGAAGUUCAAACUGUGACUGUGCCUUUGUAUUGUUAUUAAUCACAUUUCUGUGCUCAGUGGUAAUUAUUCAUAUCAAAUGAUGUGCUUCAUUAUAAUACAUAAUACCGAGUAAA